AUGACUUUUGCCCUUUCUCAGGAGCAGUACUGUUUUCCAGGCUCUAAUGCCUCGUGUGUUAUGGCACAGUUCAGUGUGCGGACUACAGUUGCCCUCUAUUUGUUGUUUGUAUCAGGUAUGCUGGUUACCAUUUUAGGAAACUCUCUUGUCAUUGUGUCAAUAACUCAUUUCAAGCAGUUGCAUAAUCCUACCAAUGUGCUUAUUUUAUCAAUGGCUCUUGUAGACCUUCUUGUGGGUAUUACUGUAAUGCCCUUCAGCGCCAUCCGGACCGUUCAUGGCUGCUGGUUCUACGGGGAUGAUUUUUGUCUGCUGCACUCCAGUUUUGAUGUGUUUCUCACAACUCUGUCUAUCUUCCAUCUAAUUUGCAUUGCCGUAGACAGACAACAAGCAAUAUGUAAUCCUCUGCAUUAUUCUAGGAAUAUCACAAUGUCAGUGGCAUGGAUUAUGGUAUGUGCCAGUUGGGCACUGGCUGCUGUCUACUCUUAUGGGCUACUUUACUCAAAGGCCAAUGUAGCCGGUUUAGAUGAUUAUAUUACAACAAUAAACUGCCUCGGCAGUUGUAACCUUCUCUUUAACCCCCUUUGGGGAAUCCUGGACAGUGUUAUCUGUUUUUUCUUUCCCUGCACUGUAAUGGUUUGUCUGUACACUAAAAUAUUUAUUGUGGCAAACAAGCAUGUAAGAAAGAUUGGAGAUAUAAGCAAUUACUCAAAUGACAGAGUAAGAAGAGGGUUGGUGAAACAGUCUGAGCAUAAGGCUGCAAAGACUCUGGGUAUUGUGCUUGGUGCAUUCAUCUUUUGUUGGAUGCCGUUUUUUAUCAAUUCUAUAAUUGAUGUCUUCAUUGGCUUCACUACACCUGCUGCUAUCUUUGAAGCAUUUGUUUGGUUGGGUUACUUCAAUUCAACCUUAAAUCCAAUUAUUUAUGCCUUCUUUUAUCCCUGUUUCAAAAGAAGUUUGUAUUUUAUUUUCACUCUAAAAUUAUUUGUCCCGAAUUCCUCAACCAUGACCAUAUCUAUUCAAUGA